AUGUUGCAAGCAAUUAGUUUUGCAAGCAAUAAUCUCUCUGGCAGUCUUCCUUUGUCAAUAGCCAAUGGGCUCCCUGAUCUCAAAUAUCUCUUCUUUGGUGCCAAUCAAUUGAGUGCAGAAAUUCAUGGCUGGAUUUCAAAUUGUUCUAAGCUUAUUAAGUUGGACCUUAGUUCUAACUUGUUCAAUGGACGUGUACCAAUUAAUCUGGGGAAUUUAGAAGACCUAAAAAUUCUAAAUUUAUAUGAUAAUCUCUUGACAAAUGAUCCUUUGGUGCUGUAUUUGGAUUUUCUACCUUCGUUGACAAAUUGUAGACAAUUGAAGGUCAUAGAAAUUGGUAACAAUCUUUUUGAUGGAAUGCUUCCGAAAGCUUUGGGUAAUUUUUCGACAUCUCUUCAAGAAUUCUAUGCUGCUUCUUGUGGCAUCAAAGGCAUGAUUACAAGUGAAAUUGGCAAUAUGAGCAACUUGAUCUGGCUAGGAAUGGGAGACAACGAGUUCACAGGAAAUAUUCCUGACACGUUGAGUCAAUUGAGGAUGUUGCAAUUGUUGGAGCUUGAUUACAAUAAUCUGCACGGGUCAAUACCUGACAACCUUUGCAAUUUGGUAAAUCUUUAUCGCCUAGUUUUGGAGAAUAAUCAGCUCUCUCAGCGGCUACCAACUUGUCUAGGAAAUGUUACUUCUUUACGAAAAUUUUUUUUAGCUAACAACUCAUUGAGUUCAACCAUCCCAUCCACACUAUGGACAAACAAGGAAAUUAAAAUAGUGGACCUAUCAUAUAAUUUUCUCAACGAUUCGCUCGUUCCACAAAUUGGCAUCAAGAAUGGGAUGAUAAAGAUAAAUCUGUCAGGAAAUCAGUUCUCAGGUGAGAUUCCAAGCACUAUUGGGAAACUUGUGAAUUUGGAAAGUAUAAUAAUUUCAAACAAUCGAUUGAUUGGUCCUAUACCCGAGUCUUUAGGUAAUUUGAUUUCAUUGCAAGAGCUGGAUCUGUCAAAUAACAAUCUCUAUGGUGUAAUUCCCAAGUCAUUGGAGAAACUUGAGGACCUUGUUUAUUUCAAUGUUUCGUUCAAUAAUCUCAGUGGUGAAAUUCCAAAUGGAGGGCCUUUUAAGAACUUUAUCUCAAAGUUUUUCAUAGGCAAUAAAGAAUUUUGUGGAGCAUCUCAAUUUAAGAUCAAGCCAUGCAAAGAUAAUAGAACUAGAUUUUCUAUCGGAAACAAAGUUUGGAAGUACAUUUUACCAUCAAUUGUUGUGGCAUUGUGUCUCACCAUUAGUGUAGUUUAUUUGAUAAGAUACCAUAGAAAAAAUACACUUCUUCCAGCUCAGUCUACUUUCCCCAAUCACCAUCAGGAGGAUUUCAUAUUAUGA